GAAAGAUAAAUGGGAAUAGAAGAUGUAAGUUUGGGGUUAGUAAUAUAUAUAUCUGAUACUUCGAGUAAUUGGUUCAUGUAUCGGAUAUAACCAAUCGGGUAUAGGUAUCCGGACUGGUUGAACCCUAAAUCCGUUCGGGUUUUUUAACUUCGGUUCGGGUUUUUUGAGUCGGUUCGGGUUUCGGUUAAUAUGCCCACGUCUAGUUUGCAUGAAGUGUGGCUAAUUUGUAAUUUAUUGUAUAGUACUUACUUUCUUCGUCGAUAGAGUUAAAUUGACAAGUGGAAAUGAAUAUUUGGUAAGAGAUAAAAGAACAUAGAAAGUGAACAAAAUAAAGAAAAAAUGAAAAAGGUAAAUUGAAGAAGAAAAGUCAAGAUUCCAUUAUGUUCUGAAAUAAAUAUUUGGUAACCAAAUCUCUCUCUCUCUUUUAAAGUUGCUGGAGAUUGAAGAAGAUAUGUAUUACUCUUUUUACUCUGUAAAUUCAUCAAAACACUACUUUUAUAUCAUUUUGAAGUUUAUUGAACAAUGUCACAGCUUCUCUUCCGUCUCUCCAAACUCUCUCACCGGAAUAAGAAUGUUUUUGCACAGAAGAGCGUUCGUUUGUUUUCAACCAGCCCUUGUUUGUCACUUUGCUGCGUUUGGGAUGAUGCUUUGGGUUUGGUAGAAGGUGGCAGCUACAUCGGAAAGGUCCUCUUUUUUGAUCCGGCCAAGAAUGAGAUACUCCAAGUCCCGGAUAAAACAAUUCCACAAGAGCUACUUAACUCGAAACCAAUAGGAGCUUCACAAGGAUGGGGAUUUUCAUCUGAACAGUCCAAUCAUAACUCUCUUCAUAUCACCGACCUAUUUAAUCCUCUGGCUGCUUCCAAGUCAAACACCAAGAUGAUUCCUCUGCCUCCGCUUACUAGUAUGCUCUAUGGUCAAACCAAAGUGGUCUGGAACGUGGCAAUGUCCUCUUCUUCCCCUCAUGAGGAAGAUUGUGUGGUGGCUAUCAAGUUCUUUGGUAGGCAACUGAGUAUGUGCAAGCCUGGUCGUGACCUCGCUUGGACUAACAGGCUAAUCCCUUUCGACCGCGCGGAAAACUCUAAUCUCAUGUAUUCAAAGAGAGAUCAAAGGUUCUAUUUGCCUGCCCCUGGAGGCAACUACUUGUGCUCUUGGGACCUCCACUUCGAUAAUGAUCCUAAGUUCAAUGAGUUGGUGUUUCCUAACUUUCCCAAUUUGCCACAGUCCACGUGGGAAGAUUUAGAUUCUUGCAUCAGGGAGGACCAUUGGGUAGAGUCACCUUCCGGUCAAAGUUUUCUAGUCAAACGUUAUUCACGUGUAGGAAGCAAGGCCCCGAUUGUUUGUACGAGAUUCAGUUGAUCGGAAUGAUGAACUUCAGGAUGGGUGACUAAAGACGUUUUUAUUAGAAUCCGACAAAGGGUUACAAGAUUGAUGGGAAAUAAGGAGACAAGAUGUGAGGUCUAAGCAACAAGAUCAGAAUGAUCGUUUAGAAACCCUAGAUCUAGCCGCUUAGUGUGUAGGUUGUCCAAAAGUCCUCUGCUCGUUGCCUCCUCCUCCACUCUUAUAGCGCCUCUGUUCGUGAUGCCCUAAUCGCACUUAUCCUAUGGGCCCUGUCACUAAAGGCCGAGUAUGCGGGCCUUGGUAUUAUUUCGUCUAAGCCGAGUACGACUGAUCAUCUUAGCCGAUUGGCUUAAAGUACUCUAGGGUCGAGCCAACGUCUUUAGCCGCUAAGCCGACUAAACUCAACCGAAAUUGUCGGGCUACGGCCUGUUAUUUGAUGGGCCUUGUGGAGGGAUGCAAUCCAUCUCCUACACCGAUGGUGAUGGUGCUGGUGUUUAGAGAGGAGGACCAAGUCACUGCAAAAGGAACAAGAAACAUGUGUUACACCCAGGACAUUGGAGAUCUUUGUAUCUUCCUUUCAAAGAACGAUCCAUUUUGCGUUGUGGCAAGCUCCUGCCCUGGUCUCAAGCCCAACUCCAUCUACAUGAUGGAUCAUUGCGUAUCUAUCUGCGAGCUCGCUAAUGGAGCUGUCACUUGUUUUGAACUUCCCAAAAUGAUGCCUUUCUCCCCUUUCUGGAUUCCUCCAUGUUCUGUCUAGUUCUUUGGUUGGUGUGUUUGCUUUUGGAUUUGCUAUGAUGUUCCUUUUUUUUAC